CAAACAACCGACGCAGCUGCCGACUCCUCCUCCGUGCACGUACUCCAUGCAUCGAACCCAUCCUAACCGUCCACCGCGGCACCGGAGCGUCCUCCCUCCCACGACACGAAUCUCGAGGCACCGGCAGCUCCCCUGCACGUCCGAACCGUCCCUGCGGUCAACGGUCAGCACGCCUGCACGAAUCUCGCGGAGGCGUUCGAACAGUUCUUUCCUUCCCCUCUCCUCCCUCCUCUCCAUCCUCCACGUCGUACGCGUCGUCGCCGACCACCGCCACCACCAAAUCGCUCCUCGCCAUUGCGGCGCCGCGAGGUCUCGCCCUUCCAGAAGGGUGCGUCCACCUGCCGAGCCGCCCCUCAGCCUCCACCCCCGCGCCGAGAUCUCCCCGGCCUCCUAAGAGAAGGCUCGCGCUUGAUCUGCCACCUGUGAGGAGGAGGGAUGGCGGUAGCGGAGCUUCCGAAGACGAUGGACGCCCUGUCGCGGCGGGCGACCAUGCUGCGGGACUCGCUGCGGAGGAGCCAGGGGAACACGGACGGCAUGGUCGCCAUCCUCGGCUCCUUCGACCACCGCCUCUCCGCGCUCGAGGCCGCUAUGCGUCCCACCCAGGUGAGGACGCACGCGAUCCGGAUGGCGCACGAGAACAUCGACAGGACGAUCAAGGCCGCCGACGGCAUCCUCUCCCAGUUUGACCUCGCCCGCCGGGCUGAGGCGGCGAUAUUGAGGGGUCCCCAUGAGGAUUUGGAGAGCUACCUGGAGGCAGUGGAUGUGCUGAAAGGCAUCGUUCGCUUCUUCUCCUCAAAUAAGAACUUCAAGAGCAGCGAAGGAGUUCUGAAUCAUGUCAACAAUCUGUUAGCUAAGUCUACUCUGAAGAUUGAAGAGGAAUUUAGGCAGCUGAUGAGCACAUACAGCAAGCCUAUUGAGCCUGAUCGCCUGUUUGAUUGUCUCCCCAAGUCUCUGCGGCCAACAAAAGGCGAGCACGAGAAUGAUGGUGCUAGCCGCUCAGAGCAUCCAUCCAAAAGCUUGGAAACUGCCAUAUACAGGACCCCAACACUAAUUCCUCCAAGAAUAUUGCCCCUCAUGAAUGACAUAGCUCAGCAGUUGGUCCAGGCUGGAAAUCAGCAGUCUUGCUACAAAAUCUACAGAGAUUUUCGUGCUUCAGCACUAGAAUUGAGCCUUCGGAAGCUAGGAGUGGAAAAGCUCAGUAAAGAUGAUGUACAAAAAAUGCAAUGGGAAGCUUUGGAGGCUAAAAUUGGAAACUGGAUACACUUUAUGCGAAUUACGGUCAAAUUACUACUAGCAGGAGAAAGAAAUAUCUGCGAUCAGAUUUUUGAUGGUGUCAACUUUAACAAGGGACAAUGUUUUGCUGAACUGACAGCGAAUAGUGUUGUGACUCUUCUCAGCUUUGGAGAUGCUGUUGCUAGAAGCAAAAGGUCUCCUGAAAAGCUGUUUGUAUUGCUUGACAUGUAUGAAGUAAUGCGUGAACUUCAAUCAGAGAUCGAGGUAAUAUUUGAAGGCAAACCUUGCUCUGAGAUGCGUGAAGCCGCAUUAGGCUUAGCAAAGCGCUUGGCACAGACCGCUCAAGAAACAUUUGCAGAUUUUGAGGAGGCAGUUGAAAAAGAUGCUUCAAAAACUAUUGUUCAUGAUGGAACUGUCCACCCUUUGACUAGCUAUGUGAUUAAUUAUGUUAAAUUCCUAUUUGAUUAUCAGUCGACAUUGAAGCUACUAUUUCAGGAAUUUGAAACUGGUAGUGAGGCAGAAUCUCAACUCGCCAUUGUUACCACAAGGAUAAUGCAAGCCCUACAGAAUAACUUGGAUGGAAAAUCUAAGCAGUAUAAGGAUCCUGCGUUGACUUACUUAUUUCUUAUGAACAACAUCCACUAUAUGGUUAGAUCUGUUCGCAGAUCAGAAGCAAAGGAUAUACUUGGUGAUGACUGGAUUCAAAGGCAUCGCAGGAUUGUGCAGCAAAAUGCCAAUCAGUACAAGCGUGUUGCUUGGGCAAAGAUUCUUCAGACACUUUCAGUUCAAGGUGCAGGCAGUGGUUCAGACCUUAGCAGCAGUGGAGUCUCUAGAGCUAUGAUCAAAGAAAGGUUCAAGUCUUUCAAUAUGCAAUUUGAAGAGCUUCAUGCAAAGCAAUCACAAUGGAUUGUACCUGAUCAAGAAUUGAGAGAAUCCUUGAGACUUGCUGUAGCCGAAGUCCUGCUGCCAGCCUAUCGAUCAUUUAUCAAACGCUUUGGUAAUCUUGUCGAGAACGGCAAGAACCCGCAGAAGUACGUUAGGUACAGCCCAGAAGCGGUGGACCAACUUUUGGGUCAGUUCUUCGAAGGACAGCAAUGGGCGGAGCAAAAGCGUUGAGCACAGAGUUCUACAGCACGAGCACAGCCAAACACUACCUAAUGUUCUUUUUCCAGAAAGCGCACCUAAUUUUCUUUUCCCCAUUUGGGUGGCAGACACGGCAAGCUAACAGGUGAAAAAAGAGUUCAUGACACCAGUCUAAUUCUUUUCUCGGAUGGGGAUUCCUCAACUAUGCUAUGCUAAUGUGGCGUUCACAGUCAGCAGCUCUAGUUUCCUGCUGGUGAAGCAGAACAUGUUCAAUUGGUAUAGAACUGUCUGUUUCAAUAAUUUUUUCUACUUGACCGCAUAUACCAUAUAUGAUUGUCAUGGCGAGGGAAAAGGAGAGAUAGUGCUUUACUUUC